AUGACUUACGGACUGCUUCGAAGAAUUCCUGCAUGGACCGACGAUGGUAUUGGAAUUCAAGAAUUCGUGGAGACUAUGGAGGACUCUGCAUGCCCCAAACUCUUCGCGACCAAUGUCAGUGGAUUUCUGGCAGAGCUGUGGCGGCUCCCCGAGAUGGAGCAUCUGACACGGAUGCCACUUGUGGCAUCGUAUUGGCGACGACUAGCGCAGAGAUGCGAGGAGAUGAGGGCACUGAACCUCCGCGCUGCACGGAAGCCGCCUCCGGAGUUUUAUUCAUCUUUGAUGGUGGUUUUUGAACGAAUUCGUCUACGCACGUGGUUUUUGUAUGUGGACACUGAGCUGGCACCUACGCCACAAUAUCACCAGCUCCGGGCGUAA